AUUUCUGCACGCGAUGACAUCACGGAUGGUCGUUCCAUGUUUUCGUUUUUCUUCGUCGCUGGGACCGCAGAGUGGACUUCGCAAAAGGAGGGCGAGAAGAUUGCGGCGGACGCCAACAGGUCGAAGAAGAAGCUCGCAGAGAUUGAAGCGAUCAGACGGUCUUCGAGCGACGCGGAUCUGCUUCUGAAGAACAAUACGCACAUUUUGGGGAUCAUCAAUGAGACCUUGACCAGACGUAAAAGCGCAGACGUGAGAAUACUUCACAAGAUAGAGGGCCAAACGAAGGUUUUGGAGCAGGACGCGAAGGUUCGAUCAGAGAAGAAGGCGGCCCUGAGCAGUGCCACUGACAAGGCAUCGCGGGCUUCCGCGGCUGCCAAGCAGGCGAGGCACGCCCUGGAAGAGGCGAACCGCACCUUCGCGCGCAAGCUGGCGGACAAGCGGAGCGUGGAGGCGGCCCUGUCGAAGGCGAAGGAGCACCUGGAGGACGUCGUCCAGAACAUCGGGUCCUCGGACGUCAUUGCAGCGGACAUGGACGUGAAAGACAAGGCGGCGGAAUUCAAGGCCGCGGCGGAGCAACUGGUGCACGCGGAGGGCACCAAGACUGCCAAGGCCACGGCCUUGAGCGAGGCGCUCGCGAAGGUGAGAGGCCUGGAGGCCGCGCAGCAGAAGGCGAAGGAGGCUUUCGCCGACGCCGACGCCGAAUUCAAGUCUGCCUCUGAGGCGCUCGAGAAGAUGCGAGAGCAAGCACACGGAUGCGGAUAUUGCUCGGCCUCCAGAAGUUGAACCGAAGUUUGGGAAAGCAGGCGAGCGUCGUGGAGUCUAUGCGCUCCCACAGCGCAUCUCUGCACGAGAGGGAGAAAGCGACGCAGAAGGAGUACGGCGAGAUUGAGAAGAUGCUCAAGGACGACGAUGACUGUAAAAAUGGUCUCCAAGAAGCUGAGGGACUUGAGCAUGACGCGAUCAUUUCUUACAAUUUGACGAUCGCUGCGUGGCGAGCAGCGCCGGAUGACUCGAAUUUGUUUGACGCGGCAUGGGAAUCCAAAGAUAAGCUACAGAAUGCCACGUACCAUAAGUACUUGAAGCAGAAGGCUUGUGCUCCAGAGGACGUGGACGUUCCGCCGAAGCCCCCCCUGACAACGUGCGAGAAGAACACAGGAGGCACUUGCCAAUUUUUGUGGUGCGAUGUGACUCGUGGAGCGCAAUGUGACCAGGAUACCCACGCAUGCGUGUGCACGGGUGCUACGUGUGCCGUAGACGGUGGCUGCCAUUCGCGCGGCCCGCCGGCCACCAUUCUGGCAAAGCCAACGGCGCUCGGACAGGCCACCACCCAGGCCACCACCAAGGUAUCCCCGCUCGCAGGCAGCCUGGAGCUCCUCGUGUUCGCUGCGGUCCUAGUGACUGUGACCGUUGCCGUCGUGCGCAAACGGCGUGCUUCCAGGCGUGUAGAGUUGCCACAGUUUUCUCUCGGAUGAGGGCCAGCCAGCGGCGCGCGGUAUCAAAACCGUCGUGCCAUAUUGUGUAUCUUGACCAGCCACCAACUUUUGCCAGGUUCAUCUUGGGCCCUGUAUUGGUGCACAGACGUUCGUUGGCCCAGGCCGCGAGGACGUUGUGCACGGGUCCAUGGCCUAGGAGGGACCCAGCCAGGGUUGGUGGUGUAUAGUCACCCGUAUACAGUUCGAUGUGCGCCGCGCGUUUUCCCCCCUGGACUUGCCAUGCGGAGCACAGCCCGCGCGCGAACGAUAUCAAGAUAUGAAAAGGUGGACGCAGCCGCGUGCCCGAGCCUCGUCGCCGCUUCUGCUCGUGACGUGGGCCUCUCGACCCCUCAUGCCGGAGACCAGAUUUUUGCUGCGGACGGUUCGUCGAUUGGCUUGGCCAAGCUGCUGAAACACGUGGUCCC